CCCUAUUUCUCCUUCCCCACUGUGAAAGCCACCGCAUUGCGAAAGGAAACCAAACCCAAAGAGCAACGGGGAGUCUCUGAUGGUUGCUAUAGGGGUUGCGUCUCCCUCCCCUAACGGUUUUCUCGGCCGUUACAGCCGUGACAUGGGUUGUUGGUGGGGUGUCACCGCUGAAGGGACACAGCUGUGUCCCCCAAGGAGUCACCCUGUCCCUCUGUGCUGGGACAGGCGCUGCAGCCCUGUCUCACCCCCACACACCCUCCGCACCAAGGGAGGGCUGAAAAACCACAGGCAAAUUUGCACUGGUGGCACCUGCCGUGUGUCUGCGUGUGUGUGUGUGUGUGUGUGUGUGUCCGGGACAGUGUCACCACGGCUGGGGGUGUGGCACAACGCCUGUGGGUCACCGGUUGUGUUUACCGCGGGACACACACACACACACACGCACACCGUUGCGAGGGACAAAAGGGUGACGGCUGCAUGGCCCGCGUUCUCCCGCAGAUCCAUGGAACCCCCCCGCCGUAUCACCGACACCUUCCCGCGGCGGCGACGGCGGCGAUCCUCGGGCAAAGUCAAGGACAGGGGCUGCUCCCCACCCCCGCCGCGGGUCCGGGUCUCCCCGCCCGCCGAGGCCACCCCGCCGCCGUCCCCCCGGGUCCAGGAUCUCCUGGAGAUGCUACGGCGCUUCGACCUCACUUGGGAGUACGGACCCUGCACCGGUAUCACCCGCCUGCAGCGGUGGGAGCGGGCGCAGGCGCUGGGGUUGAGCCCCCCCGGCCCCGUACGCGACGCCCUCCUGGAACACGGGGACAACCCCGACGUCACCUACAGAUGAAAGAGGAGCCGUGACCGCGAGUCGCUGACCACCCAGGUGCCUGCAGGGAAGACGUCACCGCACAGAGGCCCUCGGUGUGACACGCCACGGCACCCCAUGGGAAUUGUAGUGGGACUGGUGGGCUGUGGGGGCUCACCUCCAGACCACAGUGCUCCUGCCUGUUCCCGGCCUCCAGCAGUGUCACGAAGCUGCAGACAGGAUUUCUCCUCUUCUCCACAUCCGUGACCACAUCAGGAAUCCCACAGAAAGCUAGGGAGUAACAGAAAACGUGUCAGAUUUCGGUAGGGAUGAAACAAAACUGGGACCUGUGGAGAAAAAGUAACUAGGAGCAGGCUGGGUGGAGGAGGGAAGGUGGAAGGGGAGCAAAAAGGGCCCAGAAAUGGAAAAAAUGGAGAAUAAGGUAUAAAAUUGGGUGAAGGUCAGUACAGGAGGGAUGUUGUGAUAUUAGGGGUGCAGGUGACUGUGGGUUGGAGUGCUGUUGACCUGCAGAGCCAGGGCUGGCAAGCAUGGGCCCCCCCGGGCCAGUGGGACUCCAAAAGGACCUUCCCCCACCUCCAGGCAUCGGGGAGGGAGGAGUGAUAGAGCUGUCAUUCAGCCCUGUGGAUUCCUAAGAUUUAAGAGCCAUAAUUAGUAGCUUUGCUGCAUGCAGAAUCGUUUAAUCGCAAAUUAAUAAUGGGACGUGUCUGUUAAUUAUUGAGGUUAUUGAUUACUUAAUUUAUUAGCUAUGCUGCUUAAUCAAUAAAAUGAAUCAGUGGUAUCCCAA